UCCGCUGCCGAAGAAGACGUGACGUCCGCCGGAGGCUGGACCAACAUGGCGGCCAUCGUGAGGCUCGUCAACAGGAGCGCCUUUGGUCCCGCGAUGGGUCAGCAGUACCUGUCGUACAGCUCCGCGGCGAAGGCUGGUGUCAGAGCAGGUCAAGCUCUUCCCGACAAGGUGAAAAUAGUGGAGGUUGGACCCAGAGAUGGUCUUCAGAAUGAGAAGACCAUCGUGCCGACGGAGACGAAAAUUAAUCUGAUUGACUUGUUGUCAGAGUCCGGGCUGCCAGUCAUCGAGGCCACCAGCUUUGUGUCUCCAAAGUGGGUCCCACAGAUGGCAGACCAGGUGGAGGUGAUGAAAGGGAUUUGUAGAAAACCUGGCGUGUCUUAUCCAGUCCUAACCCCCAACCUCCAGGGUUUCCAGGCUGCUGUGAAGGCAGGAGCUGCAGAGGUAGCCAUAUUUGGAGCUGCGUCCGAGCUUUUCAGCAAGAAGAACAUAAACUGCUCUGUGGACGAGAGUUUACAGCGCUUUGACGAGGUCAUGAAAGCAGCUAAAGAGGCUGGUGUGCCAGUUAGAGGAUACGUGUCGUGUGUUCUCGGAUGUCCCUAUGAAGGCAAGGUGGCACCGGAAAAAGUUGCGCAUGUAGCGAAGCGUCUGUACUCGAUGGGCUGUUAUGAGAUCUCCCUGGGCGACACCAUCGGAGUGGGCACUCCAGGUAGCAUGACUCAGAUGUUGACAGCGGUGACCAGAGAGGUGCCAGUCAGCGCCCUGGCAGUGCACUGCCAUGACACCUACGGCCAGGCCCUGGCUAACAUCCUCGUAGCCUUACAGAUGGGAAUCAGUGUGGUAGACUCGUCAGUAGCUGGACUGGGCGGCUGUCCCUAUGCCCAGGGGGCUUCUGGGAAUGUUGCUACUGAGGAUGUCGUCUAUAUGUUGCACGGACUCGGGAUUCAAACGGGAGUGGACCUCUCCAAGCUGAUUACCGCCGGAGCUUUCAUCUGUCGAAGCCUGAACAGAAAGACGAACUCCAAAGUGGCGCAGGCCACCUGCAAACUGUAGACGACGGCCAGGACCACAGACUCUCUCACAAACUCCUAUCAACUUCCAACCGUGUAACCUGGAGCCACCGUCCUCUCGUUUUGUUCGGUUCUCCCCUCUUUUAGUUUGGUUUGUCAUCUACCGGUAUGAGAAUAUAAUUUCAAUAUUUGGAUGGUACUGACCCCACUCUCUGUUUCAAAAUAAAAAUAAAAAUUGAUUUUAGAUAAUCACUACAUGAAAGCAUCCCUGGAACAGUGCCUUAUGUAGAAUUGAUCUAAUCGUACAGAAUUCACCUGUCGGAAGCCAUUCCUUUUGUUUUUCGGUUAUUGCUAACAUUAUUUUCUGAACAGUGGAACUAUUAUAAUAAAUCAACCACUUAGAAUGGCCCAGUUAUGGAUACACUCACUGUUGACAUCAGAAAACAGGACAUCAUCCUGUUUGCCACGAUCUCUGUCUUCACAUUAAUGAUCUCUCCUUAUAAAUUUGGGUAUUGUGCUGCUUUGUGAAAUGCUUUGUGAUUUAUUUUUUCUUUUCUUUUUUCUAAGAUUCCUAGUUUUACUUUGAUGUGUUUAAAUAUUUAUUUUAAAUUGCCUGUACAUACCUAACUAGAUUGUGAGUUUUAAUAAAUAAUAUUUCAUAAAGAAAA